AUGUCAGUCAUCCUGGAAAACUUCCCUAAAAGAACCCAAAAAAUUGUUCAUGAGUGGGCCAGUAUUGUGCGAACUAAAUACGCUAUUCCUGAGGCUGAAGACGAUGAGCUUUAUGCUGGAGAUCCUUUAUUCAUUAUCGAGUGGAACGAAGCCGCGCUUCAACAAAGACAGAUUCAAAAGACUGCUGUGAUCAAUGUGAUUCGUAGCUUUCAAGGUUGUCGACCAUUUCCUCAAAAUGCCCAACCUCAGUCGGAAGCUAUUUUUUAUAUUGUCGAUACCCCUAAUAUUCAAGCACAACAGAUAGUUUCAAAUAUUCUUUUUGCACUACAAACAGGAUUUUGCCAGAGGCGAGUCCCUAAUUUGGGGCGAAUUUACGUGAUAGUUGCCGAGAAAAAAAAUGACUUGAGAAUUACUGAAUUUAAGGGUAUAUUUAGUUUCUAA